AUGAAUGGAAGUACUGAUCAAAGCACUGGCCAGCAAAACCUACGCUAUGGUAACACCCUGAAUAAUAAUAAUAACAAUAACAACAACAAUAAUAAUAAUAAUAUUAAUGAUAAUGAUCCUAGUUCUAAUGGGUUAGAUUCUAAUAAUAAAUCCCCAAAUGAUAUAAACAAUAAUAAUGGUAACGACACUAAUGAAAGAAAUAAUGGUAAUAAUUAUAAUGUAUUAAGUCAGCCAUCAAAUAAUCAGUUCCUGCAAAACAUGGGUCAUCAAUCACCUAAUUACUUGGAUCACCAAUGGGCUCCACUGUUGUUGGAUGCUAGUACUGCAGAUUACCUAUUCAAUUUGGAUUUGCCAAAUAUUCCUAGUGGUCAAAUGAAUAAUUCAACCAGCCAUAAUUCACCAUCAAUCAUGCAAAGUAUACAAUAUCAACAAAAUGUUCAUCAAGGAACGCCAAGCCUGACACAUUCGUUAAACCAGUCGGUGGCUCCACAACAUGACCCCACCGCAGCUUCGUCAACAUCGUCAUUACCACCACCAACUCCACAAGUCACCAAAUCAACUAAACAAAGACGUCCAUGUGAUCAGUGCCGCAAGAGGAAAACAAAAUGUGUUAUAGUGCCCAAUACAGAUAAUUGUGUACAAUGUGAAGCCAAACAAUUGACUUGUACUUAUACCGCGCAAGCGCCAAAGAGAAAACCUACUGAUCAAGGAAAUAAUGAACAAUUGCACAAACGUGAAAGAAUAGAUACUAACCUAUUACCGAAUGGUUCUAUUCAGGUACCCGAUGUACCAAUCCGAGACGUCCCGCCAGUACAAGACUAUUCCACCAUGAAUAAUUCAUUAUUGAAAAAGACAUUGUCCUUACAAUUCCCCCGCUCCAGUUUUUAUGUGGGUCCAACAUCAUUUGUUUUUGAUAGAAAUUUACUAAAUUCAAUAAUUGAUUCCCAUAAUGGCAGUGGGAGCCCAUCCAGCAAAGUCGAACAAGUUAGUCUAAGUAAUUCAAUUUCCCUUAGAAAGGUCAGUGACGAUGUGCAGUUUGUAUUGAAAGACGAUCAGUCCCCUCAAUCAUACCAAACCAUGUCCAAUGAUGUUGAUACAAUAGAAAAGUUUGUUUCACCUCAUGGUCAAAUAUUAGUGGAUUUGUAUUUCAGGAUAAUUCACCCAUCGUAUCCUAUCAUCCACAAAAAAGUGUUUGUUGAAAAAUAUUCUCGAACCCAUCGUGAAUUCACAGCUCCGUUGUUAUCAGCAGUUUAUGUGUUGGCCAUACAAUGGUGGGAUUAUGAUCCACAAUUGAACAAAUAUCCUAAACCAAAUGUUGAAAUGAUUUUAAAAAUUGGAAUGAACAAUUUCCUAUUGGAGAUAUUGAAGCGCCCUAAAUUAAGCGCAGUACAAGCAGGAUUAUUGUUGUUGCAAUGUAAACAUAUACUCAGUACCAAGCAAUCAUCCAGCCACGCUCCUAAUAUUCCAAGUGAGGCAGAUUAUUCAGAAUGGGUUUUAUGUUCCCAAGUAGUGGCAUUAGCUGAAGAAUUGGGUCUUGGAUUAGACUGUAGUUCUUGGAAAUUACCUAAAUGGGAACGUGGGUUACGAAGACGUUUAGCUUGGGCGGUUUAUUUAGAAGACAAAUGGUUAUCAUUAAAACUUGGACGUCCAUCACACAUUAGUCCUAUCAAUUGGGCUGUAUUACCUUUACACGAAGAAGAUUUCCCUGAAAAACAUGGUGAUGGAGAUUUGAAAGAAGGAUCAUCGGAUAUUGAUAGUGGGAAGAAGAUUUUCUUCAACUUGAUUGAUUUGUCGAAAAUUUUGUCUGACAUUUUGAAUGAAUUUUAUUCUAUGAAGGCUAUGAAUACUAUCCAUGAAAUUGGUGAAGUUUUAAAACUUGCUAAGCCAUUACAAUUGAGAUUACGUGAUUGGUUUAGAGCAUUACCAGUAGAGUUGCAAAUGAGUUCAGUCAAACCUAGAAAAUUAUGUUCCAAUGGAUAUUUACAAUUGGCUUAUUUUGCAACUGAAUUGACAUUACACAGAAAAAUUGCUACCGUCAUUUACCAACAAACAAAAGCAGGAAAUCCCCCGCCAGCACAAUUGAUUGAUGUAUGUAGAAAUGCAGCAAAAACUAGAUUAAUGGCAUCUAUUGAAUUUGUGCGUGAUUUAAAACCAGAGCAUAUUCAUUCAUUUUGGCAUUGUUCUGCAUCUUCAAAUUUUACAUUGAUUGGUACUUUUGCUGCUAUAUUAUUCAUUUCUUCGCCAACAAAGGAGGAAGCCGAUUUUUACCGAGAACAAAUCUUCACUUAUAGAUGGACAUUGAAAGUGUCUUCUAAAGGAUUUGAAGAGGCAGCAGAAGCCUUGAAUCAAUUGGAUAUUGUUUUGUCAAAUAUAUCAGGUAUACUUCAAGAUAAUGUUGACACACCGAUUGUGUUACCAAAUGUGCAAGACUUUCCACAUGCCACUCACCUGCAGCAACACCAACAACAGCAACAGCAACAGCAACAGCAACAGCAACAGCAACAGCAACAGCAAGCAAACAAUUUCUUAAAAUCUACAUCCCCAAUGACAACAGCUCAACAGAGAAUACGAGCCCCUAUAAGAGAAUCACCAUUAAGUUCACCACAAAACAUGUAUACUCCACCAGUACAUAAUAACGUUGCAAAUUCCGCAAAGAAUUCACCUGUCUCCCAAACACAAGGAUUAUCUCCUAAAACCAAUAAAAAGGGAAGCAUUUCAGCAAAUACUCCGAACAGUCCUAUGAAGUCACCCGAAGUUACGAAAUAA